UGCGCUUGGCUACAGAAAUUUGGCGGUCUGUUAAAGAAUGGAGGUUUCCUUCUUGCCUUGGUUCAGUUAUGGGAUGCUGUAAUUGCAGGAAAAUUGCUCGGCGCUUAGUGCAGCUUUUGCCCGUGCAAGUCUCUGUCCUCCAAAAUAUUUGUUGUUCUUUAUAAAUGAACGUACUGUGCAGAAUAAAGGUGCAGGGAGGGAAUCAUUGGUGUGUUUCACUUGACCCGUUAGAGAACGGUUGAGUCUGAGACGUUACUGCUGUACAAGAGACUCGUGGACUGCUGUCACAAAUGCCUGGUAUGUGCCAUGUCUAGCUUCACUUGAGACCCUCCAAGAAUUAUGUAGGAAGGAAAAUCUCAGAUGUAAAUCCAUUGGAAUCACCAACAGGAGUCUAAAGAGUUAUGAGGUGGAAUAUUUGUGUGACUACAAGGUAGAAGAGGGCAAAGAAUACUAUCUUGUGAAAUGGAAAGGAUGGCCAGAAUCUUCAAAUACUUGGGAACCUGAGAAGCAUCUGAACUGCCCAUUGCUUCUUCAGAACUUUCUUAGUGACAAGAAUGAAUACUUGUCUCGGGUGAGAGAAGGCAAAGCACUGAAAGUGAGAAACCACAUUAAAGCUUUGAAACCUGCCAUUGCAGAUUAUGUUGUAAAGAAGGCCAAGCAAAGAAUAGCCCUGCAGAGAUGGAAAGAAGAACUCAACAGGAAAAAGAAUCACAAAGCAAUGAUCCUGGUAGAAAACACUGUGGAUCUUGAAGGGCCUCCCUUAGACUUCUACUACAUUAAUGAGUAUAAACCUGCUCCGGGGAUAAAUGUGCUCAAUGGAAUAACGACUGGCUGUGAAUGUGCUGACUGCCCUGCUGAGAAAUGCUGUCCAAAGGAGGCUGGGUUUAUUUUGGCUUACAAUAAACGUAAGAAGUUAAAAAUCCAGCCUGGCUUGCCCAUCUAUGAGUGCAAUUCCUAUUGUAGGUGUGGGCCUGACUGCCCUAAUAGGAUAGUGCAGAAAGGUACACCGUAUUCCCUUUGCAUCUUCAGAACCAACAAUGGCCGUGGCUGGGGAGUAAAAACCCUCCAGAAAAUUAAAACCAACAGUUUUGUGAUGGAGUAUGUUGGAGAGGUGAUUACAAGUGAGGAAGCAGAGAGGCGAGGCCAGCUCUAUGACAACCAGGGAAAUACAUACUUGUUUGAUUUGGAUUAUGACUCAGAUGAAUUUACAGUAGAUGCAGCUCGAUAUGGAAAUGUGUCCCACUUUGUGAAUCACAGCUGUGAUCCAAAUCUUCAAGUCUUCAAUGUGUUUAUUGACAACCUCGACUUGCGUCUUCCUCGAAUAGCACUGUUUUCUACCCGAACCAUCAAGGCUGGAGAAGAGCUGACCUUUGACUACCAGAUGAAAGGUUCAAUAGAUCUGACUUCAGACUCUGCUGAUGGUCUUAGCCCAUCCAAAAAGAGGAUCAGAACUGUCUGUAAAUGUGGAGCCGUGUGUUGCAGAGGUUAUCUCAACUGAGUUCGGCCCGAGCCAGCGGUGCAUUCCAUGUGGAUGGAAUCUGCAGUCUCCAGCUCCUUAAUCCGCUGCAGUCGGCAGCCCGCCCUGUCACUGCAGGAUGGAGAGAGCGGCUGCGGCAAGAAAUGGAUUCCUUACUGUGGCCUCGCCCACGCCCGGGGCACAGGGCGGGCUCCUGUUUCUGUCUGUUGAUGUUCACGCCCAGUUUGAUUUAAAUAUUGCAAGUUUAAAAGAUAACAGUUGUGGCAGUUGUACCUGAGCUCAGCAUCUGCCUUGUCCCGAGGCAGUGAAUGUUAUCACCAGUGCUGGAAUAAAGCUGCUGUUCUCGAAGGAUAUGUGUGUUAUCUUCUGCCAUAAAUAAAGAUCCGUUAAUUUAUGUUCUGGGAGGCAACAGCAUUUUGUAUUUAUUUGAAGUAAAUCCAUGUAUCCAGUUUCCAGUUUAGAGCGUUGAACAGUAUUUUAUAUUUACAUAUGCACAGUGCAUUUGGAUUGCUGUAAAUGAAUUAGCUUAAAGGGACACUGUGUCACUUUUAAAACUCUUUUUGCUAUUUCUAUGAGAUUGGCUGAAAAUUGCAAAAUGGGAAAAGGAGAAAAAGCUAUUUUCAAUUUCUUAGGGAACCUAAACCAGCCCAGCUUCUGCCUUUGCUUUGCUUUGUUGGCAUUGUCAUGGUCACCAGUUCAGUUGUGUGUAUGCACUUCUUGGGGACUGGUGGCUUGUUCGCCAGCUGUUCUUUUUUUGUUGGGAUUAUUUUUAUUUUUUGGUAGCAAAACUAAAGCUGCAAGAUCACCUGUAAGAAAAGCUAUUGUCUAUUUAUUUAAUCUCCAAAUUAAGUCAAUCUUUUGGUUAUUUCUAAUGUAUGUUUUAGGAACUGUGUACAUUAGAAUAUGCAGUUUGUAAGCUCAGGAACAUUUUCUUUUCAUACUGUGUGAUCUCUAGUAUUGCUAUCUUCCUAUAGUUUUUGAUAAAAUAAAUGAAAUCUAGUUUUUC